UUUAAUGUAUUCCCUUAAAAUGAAAACUUAAAAGUGACUGAUCUGUUCACAUUGAUAACAUUCAUUUGUGUGCCAUUAAGACGCCGUCCACUUUCUGAUAAGUGGAUUUAAAGUUGUGCGUAUGCAGAAUAAAUGGUAACGAACACGAGAAACCACACGAAGAUGGCUAUACUGCAAUCUUGUUGCUGUUGGAAGACAGUGCGUGCCGGCAGCAUGGCAAGCGCCGCAUAUACUUUGGUGUACUUUGGUUUUUCCACCGUUGUUAUGCUCAUUACCGUUUACGAUGAACAGGAGUUUUUGGCUGGCAGCAGAGAGCAACCAUUAGGGGAAAGCAUCUUGGCUAAGGGAGAGAUAACACAAGCUAUUGUUGUGUUUAAUAUUCUCUUUCUGAUUUGCUCGUUCUUCAUCGUCAUAUCGUCGCUCUUAAUGUUCGUGGGGCUGAAGCAGAAUCGUCGUCAACUUCUGUUGCCCUGGAUAGUUUUCAUGCUUUGCGAUGUGGUCAUUGAGAUUGUUCAUUUGGUCUAUUUAUCAUUUACCCAAAUCGUGAACUUCGAUCCCGUAGUUGGGUUUAUAUUCACUAUCGACUUUUUUAUAAUGUGUCUAAAUUCUUACUGUUUGCUGUGCGUGAUAUCGCAAUAUCAAAAUUACCUGCAAGGACUUGGUUGCGGGAAUCAACAGAUACGGACCGAAGUGCUGAUACAAUCAGCUGAUGGUGAAGCCGGCACGAGUCAGCGUGCAACGAAAAUACAAAAAUCUAUAGCCAGUCCUUACGUAACAACAAAUCCACACACACAUAUUUCGACGAUACACGAGGAGAUGGACCAAAAUCAUAAAAUUCCUACGGAUUCAGCGGAAGUGCCGAGCGAACUGGUUGAGGACAACUGCUUACACAUAACUGUCAGCAUUCCGUCUCCGUUAUAAAUGUGACGUUACCAGAGUUUUCUUUUCAAGUGGAACCGGCAACACGUGGCGGAGAGUACAAACAGCAGCCGAAGCAGCAACAGGAUUUGCAACGAAUGAAUGCAACAAUUACGCGUGUGUAGCUAAAGUAGCAAAAUUGUUGCUGUAAGUGUACGAAUAUCCAUGUGAAGCUAUUUUGUGCUGCAAAAAUACACGUAAAGGCCGUGUGCGGUAAAAAUGCAGGCGAUUAUUUCAUUGAAAGAAGAAGAAGAUAAUAAAUUAUCGAAGUCGCACACAAUAUAUGUAUUCCACCUUUGCCAAUGUAACAACAGAA